UACCUGCAAUUUCUUGUUGUCAUUGUUUUCCUCUGCUGGCCAUGGUUCCUCUUCGCAUCUCAUUAUUUGUUUAUUGUCAGUCAGAUGUUGUGUUGUGUGCAAACAGUGGAGCAAGCAGGCCAUAAACAUGAAUGGUUCUCGCUUGGUCGUGAAAGUGUGUCAGUGAUACGGGCAGAGUCGCGCAGAAGUCAGCAGGGCCCUUGUGAUCUGAUGUGGCGCGGACAAGCCCAGCAUUGAGACAUUCUUCCACUUCAAAGCCCCCAGAGGCUUUUCUGAACACUGGUUGAAUAGGAGCAGAGGGAGGGGCAUGCAGGGGGAACAGGUGCAGUGCAUGAGUGGGGUGAUUCCCGCUGCCAUCUGCUUUCUUUUUCUGGGCCUGGGCUCUUUAAACGCCCUCUGACACGCCUCGCGACAACACGCUCCCCUGGCCCGGCCACGCAGUGCCCCGUCACCAUGGCACCCCGAUUCGGAUUAACCCCUGCACAUGUGCCGAGUCAACCGUGGGGGUCUGCCGCUUUUGUGAGCGAGCAUGGUGGGGGAGAAAGAGGUGGAGGAGAAGGAGGGGGAGAUGGAAAGCUGCAUUGAUAAGUGUGUGAAAGGACACUCGCCAGUCAUUCACUUUUGUUAAGCAGCAGGAGUGAGUAUGAAUGAAGCCAUGUGGUAUAUCUAUCAACUCAAGAGCAUACAGUGAAGAUGACGGCCAUUGAGAGUAAAGAGGAGAUCAGUGACACUGACAGUGGGAUCAUCUUACAUUCUGGUCCUGACAGUCCCAUAUCCCCGGUAAAAGACCUGACCACCAACACCAGAGCCCUGAAGCUCAAGCAUCAGUCUCUGGAGGAGCGUCUGGAGCUCUGCCUGCUGGAGCUCAGGAAGCUCUGCAUCAGGGAGGCCGAGUUAACGGGUAAACUACCCUCAGACUAUCCUCUGAUGCCCGAUGAGAAGCCACCACGGGUCAGAAGGAGGAUUGGAGCUUCAUUCAAGCUGGAUGAAGGUCUGAUCCGUUUGAAUAAUCAGGAUUCAGAGUUGCAAGCGCUGGAAACUGACUUGGCUCUUCAGCGGCAGAUUUAUGAGGCAGUCCGCAAACUGUCUGUGGAGGAGAAACUCAGCAAACCACAGAAGAAGAGCCGGCUGCAGCAGUGCAAGAGGGAAGAGAGGAAAGUGAAAGACCUGCAGGAGGCCGUGUUCCAGCACAGGAUCAAGAGCGAGUGCAACUCACCCUGCAUCCCCAUCUCAAGAAGCCAAAACAGAGCAGAUCUGAGCAUGUCUGAUGACAGUUCCCUGUCUGAUGUUGUGGCCCUGGAUGACGACGUGGACUCGCCCACUCCUCCCUCUCAUUCAGAGUCCUGCACUUCCUUGUCAGACACCCCGCAUCUGUCAGCCAAGACCCUUCAAUCAUCCCAGCAGUCAUCAAGCCAGCUCAGUGUGGAGCAUGAGCCCUCCCCCAUCCAGAACUCUCCAUGGAAAGAGUCCAGUCUGGAUCAGCCCUACCAGAAGGUCAAUAAACCUCAAUCUGCUAGCAGCAGCAGGUCCAGCAGUCCAGCAGGGACCCAAGUGUCUGCAGAGAGCUGUAGGAUUCCUCUCUCUCAGUUCGUCAGGAACUCUGCCCUGCGUCAAAACAACUCCACCAGUGCCCCCUCCACCCCAGAGCUGCAGAUACGCAGACAGUACACCCAGUCCUUCAGGUACACAGAAAAGUCCGAUUUGUUUGUACACUCGUGCAAAAAGAGAAUAAAAACCACAUUUGGUAUAAUUGUUAAUUUUCACAUUUGUCUUCUCAGACUUCCUAAAAGUAAGCCACCAGGUGAUAAGGAGUGCCUCAGCACAGAGAACAAUCGCGGGCGAGCUAGGCUGCCCCAGCGGCGCUGCAUAGCCACCUUCAUGGUGCGUUCUCCAGAGUACUCUCCUCUGCAGCCCUACCAGUCCAGCUCCGAGGACAGCAGCUCCGAGCACUCUUCCUCCUCCCACAUCAGCUCUCCUGGCAGGGACAGACCCACUGAGAUCCCAAAGCUCUGCCCUCCACCUUAUGGGUUCCACUUUGGAGCACAAAAGAAAGGGCUUUCCAGCUUCUCCAGCUCACAGAAGAAUAACAACCAGUCUCAGUUCAGCCCGGGUAACGUCAGAGCCACGGCAGAGGAUGGCCCACUCUCCCCUCAAGACCUGGACAUGGGGAAGGUCUUUCUGUCCUCACCCCCUGUGGCACAUAGCCCGCUUUCAAGACAGUGGCAAGAGGGAGCAUCGUCCCCAAGGAGAAUCCUUAAGCCACCGCCACCUUACACUAGACUGGUGCGAACGCCCUCGCUGAAGGAGUACCCGAACCACGCCAUCAGGCUGAUGCCCAGGGAGAUCGUGUCGGAGGAGCUGAAGUCCUGGCAUCAGAGGAAUCAGUUGCAGAAGUUAUGGCCCAGCUGCAUGGAUCAGCUGAGUGUCACGAGCCCCACCUCACCUCAUCUUCCUCCAUUUAAACAGGGUUCGGGUAACAUGAUACUCCAGAGAGCUGCAGACGGUACUCCAGUCCAGUGGUUCAUCGCAGAGGAUGCGGAAAUCGUGAGCCAGGUGUAGCUUAGACAACUACUGUUGUGCAGUACAUUCAGUAGGAAGCGUGUGAUUCCUUUCUAUUUAUCACUGUAUUUAUUCUUAAGGCUUUGGACUCUCUGUGAGAUCUUUAGUCGACAUGAUGCAGAGAACGUGGACCUAUGGGCACUCUGAUGAGCCCAUUCCUCUCUCGUCUUUUAAUUUAAAACUUAAUGUAAGGUGUUAUGCCAGUUUAAUUUAUUGUUUUGAUUUGUUUUGAAUAGAUGUUUCUGAGGUGAAUUUACCCUCAUACUAUUUCAUAAACAAGUGGAUCAAAAGAUUAAAAACAAACUUGCUGUGGUUCUCUCUGUGGCUGAACACAUUUUGCACAAACUAAUCCCCUACAGAAGCUUCAAAUAUGUUCCUCUUUUCUCGUAUGAUUUUCAGUAUUUAACUAUAUUUAUCUGUUUAUGACACUUUUCUUUGCAGGAUAGAGACUUAUUACUAAAAUUUAACAACAACAUCUAAAAUGCAGUGCUCUUUGAAUAUAUAGUUGAAAACUAACACCUGUCUAGCCUUGACUUUUAAGCUGAUUCUUGACGUUACUAUCAACUUGUAAUAAUCAUUCACUGAUGCCUGUAAUGUUGGUUGAUGAUUGUUUUUAAUGCAGUGUGGAGUUAGGAUCCUAACCAAGAGAUUGUAUCAGUUUUGAUAUGUUUUGUAUAUUUAUAAUUAAAAAAUACAACUGAAAGUCAAA